UUUACAGUGCGGUUGGCGACGCCAUUAGAGGACACGACUGUGUUGCGGUUGACACCACUAGUGGACGGAACUGGAGUCCGAGCUGUGUGGCGGUUGAUACCAUCUGCAGUCAGAACUGUGUGGCGGUUGACACCAUCUGUGGUCAGAACUGUGUGGCGGCUCACACCAUCUGUACGUGAUCAGAACUGUGUGGCGGCUCACACCAUCUGUGGUCAGAUCUUUGAUCUUGAGCUGUUUGCACCACAAAAAUGACAAGAGAAGACAUCCUUUGUGCGGAAUUUUGCAAUGAUGUGACGUCACCUGAUUGGUAAUAACAAAGGCACCACCAUGCCAACAGCCCGGCUCCCUCUGGCGGCAGUUAUUUUAACAAUUCUUGACGUUGCCUUCUCCGUGCCGCCGCGGUUCUACAAACGUCCCGAAUUUCCGUCGUUACCAAUCAUCGUAGGCCAUGAGGUGAAGUUGGACUGUUUCCUCAUCUCUGGCGUAAACUUCACCAUGACGUGGACAAAAAAUAACAGGACCAUCGAGAAAUCGUCAAACAUUGUCUUCAAUUAUAAAAACCAAGAACUGCUAAUUAGGAGGGCAGUUCUGGCGGAUACUGGGACCUAUGAAUGCAAAGCGUCUAACGCGGAAGGAUCUGUGCACCACAAGCAGUUCAUAAAGGUCAAAGACGAACGGACAAGUCGUCCCGUAGUUACAGACACUUUACCGCCAGGGGGCGUUGCAAAAGUGCGGUUGGGUACGUCUCUCAACAUCAGCUGUACAUUUUCUUCUGAUGACAGUUGUUUACAGCAAACAAUGUAUUGGCUCAAGGGUGGCCGAUAUGUAAACGAGACAGACCGAAUCACGUGGUUGCCUUCGAACGGCUGUGAGAAAGGACUCCAGAGGCUGGCGCUUUCGGUAGUGAAGGUCAGGAGAUCCGAUCUAGGGAAAUAUCAGUGUUACGGCGAGAAUCAGUUCGGCAAUGACUCAAGGGAGAUCACUCUCAUGGAAUUCAUCCCCACGCAACAGGAUUUGGGACGAACGAAACUAAUAAUCAUAAUAGGCAGCGUUAGCGGCUUGGGUGUGGUAAUCGUGGUGACCUUGGUCAUCUAUCGAGUCUAUCGACACAAAUCUAAGGACUACGAUCAUUUAGAAUGGGAAGAGCCAGACCUCCGCCACUAUGAAUUUCCCAACUACGAGAUGGAGUUUGACGCCUUCAUAUCCUACAGCAGUGACGAUGAGGAAUGGGUGAAGCACAUCUUGUUUAAACGUCUUAGAAACGAUGGUUAUAACAUCUGCGUGGAUUUCAAGGACUUUACUCCAGGAAUGCCUAUCGCCGAAAACAUUAUGGACGCUAUCUACAAGAGUAAAAGAACUUUGAUCGUCAUGUCUGAACAUUUCCUCAAGUCUAUGUGGGGACAGUUUGAACUACAGCAGGCCCACAACAGGGCUGUUGCAAAGAAAGAAGAUGUGAUUAUUUUAAUGAAGCUGGAUAACUGUAAAGUACCGGCAAAACUGAUGGGAAAGACGUUCCUUGAUUGGGCAGACUUAAACGUAAAACCUCACUUCUGGGAACGACUGAAGGACGCCAUUGGUCGACCUGGGGACUUCCCUAAACGUCAGCUAGUAGGAAACCAGGGCGAUGAUAAAGAGGAGCCAAUCGAAAACCCUGAUAAAAAAGAUGUGGCGGAUGUGGCGAACAUCGUGAUAGAGCCAGAGGAGAAAAUGGUUGAAACUGACAGAGAUCUUCUUGACGAUCCACCCGACAACAAACCGGAAGGACAACUGAUUGACCCUAAUUUAGCUAACGUUGACCAACAUGUCAUUGUAAAGAAAGCCGCGAGGGCUUGUCGCUUGCAAUGAUGACUCGUUCGUUGCCAUACAAAUCCAUCUGAUUUCUCCCUUGGGGUCUGAUUAGCAAAAGGUUUUGCUCACUGUUCCCUAUAUACAUGUAUGUUAAAUAAGUGCGACUUCAGGGAGAAGUUUAACAUUGCCUGCAUAUAACGAGGGUAUUGUUUUUGGAUUAUAAUGGGCGAUGCGAAUGGCUCAACAAAGGCACAGGACUGAGCUUAGCAAAACUGCUGAUACUUUGCUACUUUGCAUUAAAA